CACAACGCGAGUAAACAUUUGACACGUGCUGAAGCGGUUUUAGUUUUGUUUAGAUUGUUUUCAUAUUAUUAGAAAACAAUGGCCGGUAAUGACGGCGACUCGGACUCUAGCAGUGACUAUGAGGUGGAGCUGCAUGUGAAGCCUAAAAGAGUGCGUCGCCCAGUCAAUGAUGACACUGCCGAUCUAUUGGGUAACUUCGACGACGAGAAACGCAAGGAGAUUUUUGAAGGUACUUAUGUAGACAAAGAAAUUGCAAAAAAUCCAAGCGAUUCGGACAGCAGUGAUGAUGCCGGAUCUGAUCCAGCCGAGGAUAACGACGACGCAGUGGAUCAAGUGGCUGAUGCUGCGGGUGCCGACAGCGAUGCCUCCGCUUCCGAGGAAGAACCCAAUGCCGAUGGACGGAUAACCAGUGACCAGUUAAAUAGCUUGCUGCGUGGUGCCUCCAAAGUGAACAGACACGUGCUUUACGUUACAAAUCUCAACUUUGAGACUACAAAAGAUGAUCUGGAGUCACACUUUGCAGUGGCUGGCACAGUCAAGUCCAUACGCAUCCCUAAGAAACGCCGUGGUGGUUUUGCCUUUGUGGAAAUGGUGGACUUGGCUGGAUUUCAGCAAGCCUUUCAGCUGCACAACACAGAGCUGCAGGGCAGAAAAAUAAAGGUGCAAAUAUCCGAAGCGGGUAAAAAGAAGUCGGCCAACAAGAAGAACAUAAUCAAACAGAAAAAUCGCAAGUUGGCCGAGAUGCGCAACGAACAGAAGACGUUUACAAAAAGUGGCAAAUUCUAUGAUAAGGACCUGAAGAAAGAGAAGGCCAAGGAGCUGCUGGCGCGUAAGCGCUGGCGUAAGCCUAAGGCUAAGUAAUACUUAUUAAUACGCUAAUGUAACAACUUAGUAGAAGACUAUUAUUUAAAUAUAACUUAAAUAUUAGAAAA